GGAAGCCAAGCUGCUGAGGAUUGUCUCCGAAACGGGACGUGCACAGCGUAUGCCCACCUAUCCACUACCCGGACGCUUCGGAUAUCAACAUCGCAUUCGGGCGCAGCCCCAGUCAGUGGCGAUCGGAACGGCGACGCAGACAGUGGUCGCACCUUUCUAUGGAAUAACGGAAUCCACGCGCUGGAAAAAAAAUCGCAGAACGGGCUACGUCUGUCACAGAGAAACAGACGAUCAUUUCGAAAACACUGCGCGCGUUGAUCGUGUUUUGAAAAGUGCUUCCUGCGUUUGGCUUUUGUUCGUCCGCAUGGUAGAUCGGUAGUUGAUUUAGUCAUGCUUCGGUAGACUUUGAAUUACUUUCAUUAGCGGAAAAUACAGACUUCCAUUCGGUAGCAGUUUGUUUUAGUGGUAACAAAACCAUUACGAAACCAGGAAAUAUGAGUCGGUGCAGGAGUCAACAAAGAAUUUAAUGUUUAGUGUUUUUCAUUAUAGUGAAAAUAAGCAACUGUGAAGUGUCUGUCAUGUGUCUAUCAGUUAAUGCAGCUUUAUCCAAAUACGGUAGAUGUCUGAUGCAAGUGUGAAUUAGAAGUGGAAAUAAUAGUUUGAAAAAGCCAGAGUGCAAAAGUGAUUUAUAGCACUCUGUGAGAAAGAAUCGGUACCAUCUAGAGGCUGCAAAUUGCGACACUUUCGAAGUAGCAUAAUUUCAAAAUUGUUACAUAGUGCCUAUUGCUAUCAUGAUUCACGACAGAUAUUGGGGAUGGGUGGUUGUCGGCAGUUUGCUGCUAAUAGGUUGCUCACAAUCAACAACCACCGAAUAUAGCAACAGCAACGACGGGUUGCAGUCGAUGGGAACCGGUGGGUCGGCAGGCGAAAACAAGUUUCUAAAAUAUCUGUUCAACAAGUAUGGCAGCAAAGGAGUGAUCUCGUUCGAGGGCCUGGAACAUCUGAUGCACAGCCUCGGCUUGGGUGGAUUGGACUUCAUCCCGACGCACACGCUAGACGAGCAUCGACCUGAAGGGUUCAAAACCGAAGACCUGGUGGAGCCGUUUUCGAAUCCUGUCAGUAGUAAUGAGCCAAAAGUGACGGUUUCAUUCUCCGACCAUCAGGAUGGCGAGGUGGGUGUUGGGAGAAAACGGCAAACAUACGCCACGGUGGCAAAUACGCAAGCACCACAGACAACUGAGGUCACGCCGAAUAACAUUGAAAGAUCAGAGUUCCACAGUUUGCAUGUACCGAAGCACGACGCGAUCAUCCGCAGUUCGGAUCAGAUUCGUACGCUGAACGAAGUGCGCGCCGUGGAGGACAACCCCGCCAGCGAACCGAGAGAUAAAAUCAGUCGCCUAAAUAGUGGCGAUGACGUUGAUAACGCAAGUAGCAAGUGGCACAAUGAAGUGUGGCAGGAAAUUAUCUUUAAAGAGAUUCAUGAUCCCCACCAUCGCCAUCCUCGCCGAGACGAUCGUCGAAAAUCAUGUCUCUCACCGAUGUCCAUCGUGCAUUUAAUCCUAGAAGAACCAACCAACACCGCAGAGAUUCUAAGCGCAAACUUCAAUUACGAAAUGGGUUCCUCCAAUAGGCACCGUCGAUCACUGCCACAUAAUCACGAUCACAAUCAUGAUUCCGAUGAACAAGAGCACGAGGUAGAGGAAAUACUCGCUGCGAGGAUAAAGAUAACUCCAUCGACGUUCAAGGAUCUGUGUCCAGCACUGUUGGCUCAAAUCGAUCAGAGAGCGUGCCAACAAAAAUACCAGCUAGAAAAUCAGCCUCUUGUGGAGAAGAAAAUCUUUUCUUCCUCCUGGUUGUAUGCAACAGUAUGCGUAACAAUAAUUUCUGUUUGUGGUCUCACGGGAGUUGCGAUGGUUCCACUGGCGAAAUCGAUGGCUUACGACGAAAUUUUGCGCUUUUUGGUGGCCCUUGCAGUGGGUACUCUUUGUGGAGAUGCUCUGAUGCAUUUAUUGCCGCAUGCUUUAGUUUCACACACUGAUCAGGGCAACGAAACGCUGGAAACUACACCAGGCAAUCAUGAGCAUAGCGACGAACCCGUUUGGUUAUGUUUUUGUGCAUUUUUGAGUGCACUGUUAAUGUAUAUUCUGGAAACGCUACUGCCUUUGCUAAGAUCUGACGGAAAUGGUGGCCACCACCACGGUCACUCACAUGCAAAAGUAGCUCCCGUUGCGUCACACGAACCACAUCAAUCGCGGAGAAACACGAACAUCACCGAAGAUAUUGAAAUGGAUUUACAGGAUAGCAAAAGAAAAGAGCUUAACACUAUGCUAGAGAAGGAAAAAUCGAACAGAAAACCACUAAGUCCGGUGGCAUUUAUGGUCAUUCUUGGCGAUGGACUGCACAAUAUUACCGAUGGGCUGGCAAUAGGAGCUGCUUUUGCUGCCGAUCCUGUUACCGGAAUGGCGACUUCAUUCGCUAUCCUGUGUCACGAGCUACCGCACGAGUUGGGAGAUUUUGCGCUGUUGCUGCAAACGGGCGUUAGUAUCCGACGAGCAAUGGCGCUGAAUAUAGUUUCUUCGAUUUUAAGCUUUGCAGGCAUGUUGAUCGGUUUGCUGGUAACCGGGUUGCAUGCAUCUGUUGUUCGAUGGAUAUACGCUGGAACGGCGGGAACGUUCCUGUAUAUCGCGUUAGCAGAUUUAGUGCCGGAAAUGAACCGAAUCGAUGCCAUUGAUGGAGCGUCACAAGCGAAACAGGUUACCAGGAGGCUGCGAAUAGUAUGUUCGCAAAUAUGCGGUAUAUUUUUAGGGGGAAUGAUCAUGCUGGCUAUUGCCCUCAAUGAGGAUCAUUUGCGAUUGUUGUUUGAAUAAAUUGUUAAC